GUUUCAAAGAGAUUCUACAAGAGAGAGAGAGAGUGAAAUGAGAGAAAUACAGCUCUCGUUGAACAAAACCCAGAAAAUCAGGCUCCAGAGAGCACUGGAAAAGCUCGAGUCUUUGUCUUCAAAGGUGAACUCCCAUGCCUCUGUCACCAUCGCCGAUUCCAUCCCUGUCAGCUACGAAGAUGGCGUGCUCAAGGGUCAUGGAACCUUGGACUUCAAUGGAGAAUUGGUUUCGACGGUCUGUGGCGUGGUCGAGCGCGUGAACAAGCUCGUCUAUGUCCGCACGUUGCGGGCCAAGUACAAGCCAGAGGUCGGAGAUAUCAUUGUAGGGCGUGUUAGCGAGGUUGCUCAAAAGCGUUGGAGGUUGGACAUAAAUUAUAGCCAGGAUGCAGUUUUGAUGCUUUCUUCAAUGAACUUAGCAGAUGGUAUCCAGAGACGACGAACCGCUUUGGAUGAACUCAACAUGCGCAGUAUUUUUGAAGAGGAUGAUGUUAUUUGUGCUGAAGUCCGCGGUUUCCAACAUGAUGGCUUACACCUCCAAGCAAGAAGUCAGAAGUACGGGAAGCUUCAAAGGGGUCAACUGCUCACAGUUCCCCCUUAUCUAGUGAAGAGACGCAAACAGCAUUUCCACCAUCUAGACCAGUAUGGUGUUGACUUAAUACUUGGCUGUAAUGGAUUCAUAUGGGUCGGUGAGCACGUUGAAGCCAGAGAUGAUAUGGUAGAGGAUCAAGAGAAAAAACCUGAAUUGCAGAAUGCUAAAUCUCAAAAAAAUUCCAUGAGUCUUGAAGAUCAAGAAAGAACUUACACUCCAAUAGAGACAAGGCAGAAUAUAUGUAGGAUUGCAAAUGCUAUCCGUGUGUUGUCUACUUUAGGCUUCAAUAUAACUGCUGAAGUGAUCAUGGAGACAGUUAACUUGAGCAGCUCACUGAAUCUUGAUAUUCAUCAGAUGCUUGGUUCAGAGUUCUGUGUUCUGGUUGCCGAGGGAGAGGCCGAGCGGAGAAGCUUAACUAAAAGGAAGGGGUGAUUCUAGCAUCACAAUUAUGGGCUAAGUUUUUAGAGAAGCUUCGACCCCUCUCGCACUCUGUGGAAGGGACAAGCACGUAAGAAUUGGCAAUACGUGUUAGUUCUGUCCUUCGAUUGGGUGUGUGUUGUGAUUGAUAGGAAAAUCAGGUUGCUGGCACGUUGGAUCCCAUCGAAUUUGUUUGAAGCAUCUCAGAUCAUUAUGCUACUGUUAUUAUGUUAGAAAAAAUAAAAUCGCUUUAGAACCGCA